AUGCCAAUAGCUAAUUCUCGAUUAGAACGUUUACAGAUAAGGAAGCUUCUUCAGUGUGUAAAUAAUAAAGACGUCGACCAAAUAAAGAAGUUGAUUGAACAUGGGGUAUCGAAUCUUAUCAAUUAUAAUGAUCCAGAUAAUGGUGCAACAGCUGUAAUUUCAGCCGUCAAGUUGGAUGACAUUUACACAAUUGAAUUUCUUCUUUUGAAUGGCGCAUGCAUAGACAUAGUAGAUUUUGAUGGUAAAACUGCCCUUAUGACGGCAGCUGAACUUGGAAACGUGAAUAUCUUACAGAAAUUGCUUGACAAAGGUGCCAACAGGAAUGCAAUUGAUUUCAAUGAAAGAACCGCAUUAUUCUAUUGUAUCUCACCAACCGAUGAGCAUUUAAAAUGCUUAGACCUAUUACUAGACAAAAGUAUGUUCAUUAAUAAACAGGACCUUGAUGGACAAACAGCAUUGCAUGUUGCAUGUAAAAGAUCUAUUGAAAAUGAGAAGUUCAUUCUUGAAUUACUGAACCAUGGUGCUAAUCCAAACAUUUAUUCGAAAAAUGGCAAGACUUCAUUUUUAGAAGCAUGUGGAACAGGUAGUAGUAUCUCAGUUACAGCAGCAUUACGUGCGGGAGCAGAUCUAAAUUCUUGUGACAAAGAAAAACAAAGUAGCGCUCAUGAAGCUGCUAAAAAUGGUCAUUUAAAGGUGUUGUUUGUACUUUCUGCAUUUGGAUUCGACUUCAAUGUUCUUGAUAACAAUGGAAAUAAUCCAUUACAUAUGGCUGCUAAAGUCAAUGAAAUGUGUUGUAAAUUUCUUGGACAAAGAGGUUGUGAUGCAAAAGUAAAAAAUGCAAAUGGAAAAUUACCUCGAAACAUUGCUAUUGAUGAAGGUAAAAAAUUGUGUGCCAAAGAACUACGUAAACUAGAACGUGUAACCAGUAAAACAUUAAAAAAUGCAGAAUUCUGGGCCAUUAGACUAUACGAUUGGUCAAUUGUAUUUGCAAAUGAUUUAAGAGAACGUUUCAUUGAAAUCAGUCAGCGUUUAUCAAGUGCUUUAGAAGAACAGAAAGAAGAAAAUUCAAAUAUUUCAAGAGAGUUAGACAGUAGAAAUGAUUUUCAAAUUAGUGAACAAAGUUUAAUCACAGCAGUGCAUGCUUCUGAUCAACAAGAAUCAGAUAAAUUAAGCACAAAAACCAGUUCCGGUAAAAAGAGAAAACGAUCGAAAAAACGUAGUACAAGCCGUUCCAGAUCUAGAAAAGCAUCAAACACAAGAAUUCCUAUAGAAGAUUUCACAUCAGUAAUUAGUUCGUUAGAUGGACCAAUUAAUGAGAUAAUUAGUAAAAAAUUACUUACUUUACAUGAGAAAAAUGCAGAUGGUUGUAUUGAUUGGGAAGAGUUUCUGACUGGGAAAAAAUAUUUGAAUAAAAAUUACUUAAUAUCAGCCUUUGAAAAGAAGAAAGGUAAAAAGAAAAAAAGAAAAGGUGGUAAAGGUAGUAAACGCAGAAAAAUACCUAUGAAUAUAUGUACACUACCAUCAGAGGCUAUUUAUCGUCGUGCAGAUGGAGGUCCCUCUAUAAUGUACAUUCCUAAAGAAAUUCAUCCCAUUGAUUUAAAUCGUUUCGAUGCAGACCAUCCACCUAUGCAUCCUUUUCAAGAUGAUUCUGUUUGGUAUGUAGAUACUCCAAGACGUCAGUAUAUAAGUUUUCAUUCUGCAGCUUUACAUAAUGACAUGGAUUCAAUUCGUUUAGCUUUAUCUGAAGGAUAUAACAUUGAUACAAGAGAUAAAUUUUAUAAAACGCCUUUAAUGAUAGCAGCACAUCAUGGUAAUUUAGACACAGCUAUUGAACUUAUCAAAUUAGGAGCAAAUGUUAAUGCACGUGAUAAUUUCCGUUGGACACCAUUACAUCAUGCAGCUCACUCAGGAAUGAUUGAUAUGGUUGAAUUAUUAUUAAAUAAUGGUGCAUUAAUUGAAGCAAAAGCAUUAAAUGGUGCAACACCAUUAUUUCGUGCUAUUGAAUGUUCAAGACUUAAUGUAGUCGAUUACUUCUUAUCAAAAGGAUCCAAAUUAUUUGUAGAAACACGUAAAGGAGAAAACCCAUAUGUAGUAGCAUUGAAUUGGUCUGAUCCAAGAGUAAUAGAACAUGUACAUGAUAAGUGGGAAUUAGCACAAGAGGCAGCUGAUAAACAGAAGAAACAGGGCAGUGCAAAACGCAAAAGACCAACUACAGCUGGAUCGACUAGUUCAAGUAAACGUUCAGUUUCUCCUACUAGAAAAUUCACUCCACCAAAUAAUUUGCCUGGUUUAUAUCCAAAUUUAAUGCAGAAACAUUUUGAUUUAUCUUAUUUAAUUAAACAUACAUAUUCUUUAGAGAAAACUAUAAAUAGACAAGAUAUUCGUAUAUGUCCUCGUUAUCCAUGGCUACCUAAACUAAAUCGUGAGGAAAGAUUAGCUAAAUUAGCUGAAGCACGUGAACGAUAUGGAUGGGAUUAUGGUUUACCUAAUGUACCAUCGCACUUAUUUGAUAGACAUUUAAUGAAUCGAUUUCAAGAGAUUGAAGUGAACAGUGGAGAACAGUAG